AUGAGAACACUUGGUGUUGGUAAGCAAAAAGCACCGACAAGAAAGAAAACAAAAAAGCAAGCUAAAUUGGUACAUGAUACAGACGAUGAUGAACAAGUCACUCCACAACCAAGCUUGCUAUCGAGGAAAAACCAAUUAUCUGAUUUAUUUUCUUCUCAAGAGAAUUUCAAUAAGAACCCAGCUCCUAAAAAGCGGCAAACAUUUGAAGAAGAUGGAGAAUUUGUGUAUAAACGAAGUCAAUCACCCACACAACAGUCUCGUAAGAAAAGAAAGGUCAAUACCCCAGUUACUCAAUUACAUGAGGAAAUGGAUUUGAUGGCACGAGAAGAUAUAGAUAGUGAUUCUUCAGAUGAUAUAUUCAAUUUGAGCAGAAAGAAAAAGAAGCAACGAGCCAAAGGGCAAUCCAUCAAGAAUCCUACAAAAUUGAGGUCUCCUUUAGGAAACGGAUACAAUUCGGAUGAUUAUAUAGAGCAAGUGUCUCGUGAAACUUUGCAAUUGCAUGAUAAUGACAAAACGGUUUCUAAUAAGAGAAGACAGUCCUAUUUGAACCGAGGGAAGCGGGUUUCUUCAAUUGGCAAUGGGUUUGUGGGAGUGCCCCACAAAGAGGUUCCUGUAUCUGAUUAUUAUAAACUUUUGGAUACCACUAUGCCUGGACCAGAUAGGUUGAGGCAAUUGUUGAUAUGGAAUAUGAAAAAACAAUUUGAGAAAGAUGAGGAAGAUUUGAAGCAGCAUGAGUCAGAGGAUCAAACUGCACCAAGUAUAGCAAGAGUAAUCAAAGAAGAGAUCAUACGAGAUUUGACAGAAAAAAAGAUUUCUACAAGUUGGUAUGAUAACAGAAGCAACAAUAUAGAAACAAUAAGUGGGAAAGUGGUUACUGUACCUAAUCCUUUAAAUAUUACAAAUCUAAAAAAUAUUGAUAUUUACACAAAAAAAUUGAAAAACCUAAGAAAACAGAAAGCAGAGUGGUAUAAAGUUUACAAGCAGGCAAUACGGCCUUUGGAAGCAAUGAAGAUUAGUUUGCCUGAGGAUAAAAAACAAUUAAAUAUGUACAUAAAGGACGAAAGAGCAGGAAACAUAAAAACAGAUGCAAUUGAUAACUCAUUAGUUGAAACAGUAGAAGCUAACCACGCCGAAGUUAAAUCAAAUAUAACAAAACUAGAGCCAGAAGUGGACAAGCUUUAUUUUACUGCAUUCCAACUAAAACGUGCAAGCGAUUUGUUGAAAUCAGUAGAGCAACAACAAUUAAACAAAAAGGUGUCACAGUAUUUGCAGGGUUACUCAAAUAAAUCAAAAGUGGAAGCAUAUAGAUCCCUACCGUCCAAUAGUGGUAGCAACAUUAGAUGGUCUGUACCUCUGAAAAAUGUGGACACAAAAGAUCUUCUAAGAGCUAUAUGUCGGUUGGAAACUCAAAACAAAUCUUCAUAA